GAACAUGUGCUGUUUGACUGCCACCGGACGGUUGUGGGUAGAAAGUGCAGGAAAACGUGCUCGGUGACACACACACACGGAGACACACACACACACGGACACACACAGUACGAUGCGGGCAGCUCGAUCCGGACCAGCAGCGGCAGCAGCAGCAGAGAUGUGGAGGUUUGUUCGAGAAUAAUGAGCCUCGGCCGCCGCCAUCAUCCUCAUCAUGUUCCCGGGAGUUUGCUAUGCACUGCUGGCGGGUUUCCUCGGGGCCGUGGCGUCGUCCUCGGCCAAGCUGUCCCUGGGAGCGGACUACCUGAAGGGAGUGUGCGAGACCGGACUCCGGACGUGGGGGGAGCAGCGCAGAUUCAGACACGCGGACGAGACCACCACCUGUGACCGGCUCCACAUCCCUCUGAGGCUGCUGUGUGGCGGACUCCUGUUCACCUGUAACGCUGUGAUGUGGACCUUCCUUGCCAAAGCACUCAGGUAUUCCUCCUCCUCCACCCAAACCACUGUGACCACCACCGCCUCCAACUUCGUAUCUUCCGCUUUCCUCGGGCAGCUGAUCUUUGGUGAAGCCCAGAUAACACUGUGGUGGGUUGGGAUCUCUCUGACCUUCUCCGGUCUGCUGGUACUGCAGAGGGUCUCACCACAGGAGGGACACCGGAGCGCCGUCGCCCAGAAGGAUGAAUAAUAUGUCUGGUCUCCACUAGUUCAGUUCAGCCUGGCUCCUGCUGGCUGUGUGCAGGUGGUGAAGCCGUGCCAGCUGCUGUUCUGAAAUCAGAGGAGAUGCCGUCUCUGUCCAUGGUGCAGCUUCACUGUGGCUGGUGGAGACAAAGUAACAGACGCCUGCAUCCAGUUUCCCCUGAAGUCCCAAUAUCAUCCUCCUCCAGAGACUCACAACGAAGCAAAAAUUACACUCGCUUUAUGUUAUGUUUUGGAAACUAUUUAUUCAACAACAGCACAACAAGAACUCAUGGGCUAACACAGCAGAUGUGAAGGAAGAAUAAUUCUACAUUUUGUGAAAUACUUUUAGUUGCUUUCUUGCUGAGAAUAGAGAGGAUUUGUUAUUUGAAUAAUGCCCCUAACUCGCAAUGUAGUUGAGUGAUAAAAACACAUUCUGGAUCCGAACCUUUAACCGGAUCCACUCUGGAGCCGGUGAUUCUCUCCUGGUCUUUGCCUCAACCCUCCACCAGGUUCGGUGCAAAUCAGUUCUGUUCUUUUUGUGUUAUCCUGCUGACAAAUAAGGAAACAAACAAGACACAGACACAGACAUCAGUCAAAAACCCAGAAGAUUCACAUUUGAGAAGCUGGUGUCAUUAUAUUUUUUGUUAAUUUGGCUUGAAAAUCUCAAACGUUAAAUCAAAACUUAAAAGUGCUUGGAGCUUUUUGGAGUAAAAGCACCGAAUCCUCUCUUUUAACUCUCAGCAGGAAAAACAAUAAGCGUAUUUCAGGGAGGAAGAAAACACGUUAUGUGAAUAUAAUGUGAGGACCUUUGUUCAUAUUGACAGAAUCUUUUGGGUAAAUUGCUUUAUUUCCCAUGUGCAUGUUACCAUCUAUCAAACUGUGCAUUAUAAACUGCAGCUGUUUGAUCACGACAGCUUUCCUUACUUACAUUUUCCUUGAGUUACUAAGACACUCACUGUAAACAUCCUACACCGACAUUCCAUCGUCUGCAUGCUCAAAGCGAUGUUGUAUACACGAAGCUAACGAGGUGUAUUUCACAAGUAAUAACCCCAGUGAUGUAGCGCUGAAAGGCUCGACCCUGGUGUGACGACUUCGCCCCGGCACCAGGGUCUUUCUUCUUCUUUUUUCUUCGGCAGCUUGAAUCUUAACCUCAAGAUACGAGCAUGCCGCGUGUUGUGAUCCGGAAGCAGCUGGUCUCUCCUGCAGCGUCAUUUCACGUCGGAGGGACGUCCCUGUGAGCCGCAUCGUUUUAUUUAUCUCGUGACUUAGGCGGCCAAACUGUCUCUCCAGCGUCAGACACAUCACACUGGACUUUUUUGGCUGCUUGAGAUUUAUAUAUCCCUGCAUUUGCAAUCUCGUAUUAUUCUGUUGCACGUCGGAAAUAUCAGUCCAUGGCUCGUCAUCUAUGUGGGUUCAUUAGAGCCCUAAGCUUCCCUCUUCAUCCCUGGAGUUGUCUGCAAGAGUGCAAUAACGUACUUCCUUUAAAGUCUCAUGACACUGUGACGUGUGUAAGCGAGGGAGCUUUGAGCAUUAAUAAUGGAACGUAGAAAAAUGGCAAUACCUGCUACAAGACAGAUGUUUUCUGUUCGCAUGACAUCUGAGGCUGCUUCGUUGAAUGGCAUUUUUAAAAAAAUCACACUGUGCUGUUGUUUGGAUACAUAUCAUAAUAUAACUGCAUAAUGGUAGCUAUCAUACCGGGCUGUAAUAUCCCACAGCAGCGUCGCACAAACAUUUCUACCACACGUCCUUCCAACCGCUGCUGUGCAGGAAUCGUAUCAUGAGAUUUACAUGCAUCCCUGUUAAUGUGACUGCAGUGACAAUGUGACUAGAUCUCAUCCUAAGGAUCAGCUGAGUGGUGUUUGUAGCAGGGCCGUUCACUCACCGUGCAGGAUUUUUUCAGCCCUUGUUUGUGCCUCCGUGUUUUGGGAUCCUGGGUGUGUUGAGUCGUUUAUGAGUUGUCAGACGAAUUGGGAAAUUCUGCUUAUUCGCGUUUUGUUUUGUUGUCUGUAGCUGGAGCCAGAAGUCAAUUAGCCUAGCUUAGCAUAAAGAGUAGAAACAGAGAGAACAGGUAGCCUGGUCUUUGCAAAGAUAACAAAACCUUCCUAGGAGCAUCAUUAAAGGUCCAGUGUGUAAGACUUGAAUAUAAAAUAAUCCUCAUAAUGUUUUCACUAGUGUGUAGUCAUUUGAAUUGUGGCGAGAAAACGAAUACAAGCAGACUUUCCCAAAACGUCAAACAACUCCGUUAACAUACGGUACCUUUAAUAUCUGUGAUUUCUGCUUUGAUUUUGAAAAUGUUAUGGUGCCUGGCUUUUGUUUCCACUUAACGGCAUGACAUGAUGUGACCUGAGGGGAAACCAUGGACCUGUGAACCCACUCUGUGUAAUAUAACCAAUCAGAGCUCUGCAGCCCUGUGGCAGAGGCAUGGCCCUGAGUGGGAUGUAUUUAUGUCCAUGUGCACAUAAACUGUAGAUGAGCGUACGGAGAGAUUAUAAAACUAUACUGACGAGUUCAUGUGCUGCACUGCAAGGAAACAAGUAUCAGAAACCAUUGAAUCAAUUAGGAUUUUAACUAUAUGAAGCUGUUCUGUUGACAGCAGAGCCACACAAGUGUGUUCAGUCCUAAUAUUUUGAAUUUAAAGUGAAGGAAGCUCAUCUUUGUUGGUUCUCUCCACACGAGCAGAUCAUAAGAGAGAGAGGCUGAUUGCUCUGAUAUAAACCUGACAAUGUGUUUUACAGAUGUUUGUAAAAGUGUAAAUACAUUCUGUUGAUAGCAGACACUUAAUGGAUGAUGGGUGAAUUGUUGUCUCCGCCCGAAAGAAGAAACACUGUUAAAUUAUUAAAUAAACAUCUUAUCCGACAAA